CUCGCCCCCCCAGACGUAUAUAUUGGGGGGUCCAACUUUUUCUCUGUUACACUGUGUGUGUGGUUGUGGGCCAGGUUGGACAACAUCCAGUGGGCAACAUGUCACAGUAUUCUGGAAAGAUCUGCUUCUACGAGGGAAAAUGCUUCACCGGCAGGAAGCUGGAGGUCAGAGGUGACUGUGACAACUUCCAGGACCGCGGCUUCAUGAACAGGGUGAACUCCAUCCGUGUGGAGAGCGGAGCCUGGAUCUGCUACGACCACCCCGACUUCAAGGGCCAGCAGUACAUCCUGGAGCACGGAGAGUACCCAGAAUUCCAGAGGUGGAACUCCCACAAUGACCACAUGGGAUCCUGCAAGCCCAUCCGCAUGCAUGGAGAGCACUACCGCAUUGAGCUGUUCGAGGGCUGUAACUUCUCUGGACAGUGCGUGGACAUCUGCGACGACUGCCCCUUCCUGCAGAGCCGUGGCUUCUCCAAGAACUGCAUCAACUCCGUCAAGGUCUACGGAGACGGAGCCUGGGUGAUGUACGAGGAGCCCAACUUCCGUGGUCGCAUGUACAUCGUGGAGCGUGGAAACUACUGCAGCCAUAACGAGUGGCAGGCCCAGAACCCCAACAUCCAGUCCAUCCGCAGAGUCGUCAACUACUUCUAAAGCCUGACCUCCGACCUCUAACCCCCGCCCAACGACUCCUGUACCAAAGCUGUAAUCAUGUACAAAUAAUAAAGCCAGACUGACAAAAGAAAACAGGUUUUUUAAUCAAACACUUUCUGUGUGGGUUGUUUUGUGUGACAUUAAAAUCUGAAACCGACGGAACCGACGUCAAAACACUUGAAGCCAAAUUAGUGCAAAAUGUAAAACGAUAAAAUGAUCACUGAGGUAUUUAUGAACCUGACGCACCAGAAGAUGAAAAUACAUCAUUUAGACCAAAACAAUCGCUAAGUUUUUACUGGAUGUUUAAAAUCUGUAGAAAUGAUUUGAACAUCUAAUUAUUCAAAAUGCUCAAAUGAAGAAAGAAAUAAAGGAAAAUAAGAGGAAAAUAAGAGAAAAAUAUGACCUGAUCUGGUUUAAAACGGACUUUUACAGUGGG